CUGGGCGCGGUGGCCGCGGUGGCCGCGGGUCAGACCCCGCUCCAGCGGCGUGUGGUCAAGGAUGUGCUGGAAUACUUCCACGGACGGAGCAACGUGCACUUCCUCUAUAAGGAAAGAGAGGUGGAAGGGGUCGUCGAGAGGGAGGAUUCCUCGGGGACGUUCGUGCAACUCCGGCUGGGCCUGGCACAGACAGCCUGCAGGAAACGAGCGCCGCAGCGGCACUGCCGCAUGCUGGACAGCAGGCGGAAGCCAAUCUGCCUAGCCUGUUACAAGUUUGACACCAGCGACGUCCCCAAGGUGCUGGACAAGUACCACAACUGCGGCCCCAGCCACUACCUGGCGGUGAAGGAGAUCCGACAGAAGGAUGAGGCAGAGUGCCGUGCGGUGGAGGAGGCUGGGAAGGGGGGGGACAUGCUGUACCUGCCCGGAAUGUUUGCCUUCUCCCGGGGGCUGCCCUCAUAG